ACACACGCACUGGCACCAUGAUCGCCGCCGCGUUCCUGGUUUUGCUGCGACCUUACAGCAUCCAAUGUGCCCUCUUCUUGCUCCUGCUCCUGCUGGGGACCAUUGCUACGAUUUUAUUCUUCUGCUGCUGGCACCGUAAGCUCCAGAAAGGGAGGCAUCCUAUCAAAUCCGUCCUUUCAGGGCGCUCAAGGAGCCGAGAUGCUGUAAUGAGAACUCAUCACUGUCGCUCCGAGGUAAUUUAUUUAGCACGCAAUUUCAAGGGUUUUAGACCAAGUCCUCGUCAUGCUAGAAGACGUGUAGCACCUCGCCUUGAAGAAACACAGCCUCUAGCAGAAGUACAUCACUUGAGUGAACAAGAAACUUCCAUAAGGAAAAGAAAAAUCAAGAAAAACAGCAGAGUUCAGCCGGAAUUUUACCAUUCUGUUCAAGUCACACCAACUCGAAAACCUAGCUCUGGAAACGCCUCCUACCGAUGCUCCAUGUCUUCCUCUGCGGAUUUCUCCGAUGAAGAUGAUUUCAGCCAGAAAUCUGGCUCCGUGUCUCCGGCACCGGGGGACACACUGCCUUGGAACCUGCCGAAACAUGAGAGAUCCAAGCGGAAAAUUCAAGGCGGCUCCGUGCUGGACCCAGCCGAGAGAGCAGUGCUUAGGAUAGCCGAUGAACGGGACAAAGUACAAAAGAAAACCUUCACAAAAUGGAUAAAUCAACACCUCAUGAAGGUUCGCAAGCAUGUGAAUGAUCUGUAUGAAGACCUGAGGGAUGGACAUAACUUGAUCUCCCUUUUAGAAGUCCUUUCUGGGGAUACCCUGCCAAGGGAGCGAGAUUUUUUGAAGACCUUACGGUUGGUGAGUUCAACAGAAGCAUGCGCGUAUGAACAGCAUGAGGAUGUGGAGGAUGAGGAUAAGGGGCCCCGAGAGAAAGGUCGGAUGCGUUUUCACAGACUACAGAAUGUACAAAUUGCACUUGACUAUUUGAAAAAACGCCAGGUGAAACUGGUAAAUAUUAGAAAUGAUGACAUAACAGAUGGAAAUCCCAAGUUGACUUUGGGGUUAAUAUGGACCAUAAUUUUGCACUUUCAGAUAUCUGACAUCCAUGUUACUGGACAGUCAGAGGAUAUGUCUGCUAAAGAGAGGCUACUCCUGUGGACACAGCAGACAACUGAGGGUUAUGCUGGAAUCCGUUGUGAAAAUUUCACUACCUGCUGGCGAGAUGGAAAAUUAUUUAACGCCAUCAUUCAUAAAUACAGGCCGGACCUGAUAGACAUGAAUACCGUUGCUGUUCAAAGCAACCUUGCAAAUUUAGAACAUGCUUUUUAUGUAGCAGAAAAACUAGGUGUCACCAGACUUCUGGAUCCGGAAGAUGUUGAUGUCUCCGCUCCUGAUGAGAAAUCAGUAAUAACUUAUGUGUCAUCACUUUAUGAUGCAUUUCCCAAAGUACUGGAAGGCGGCGAAGGCAUCAGUGCAAAUGAUGUUGAAGUCAAGUGGGUUGAAUACCAGAAUAUGGUGAACUACCUCAUCCAGUGGAUCAGGCACCAUAUCACAAUAAUGUCUGACAGAACAUUUCCAAACAAUCCUGUAGAACUGAAGGCACUUUAUAACCAAUACUUACAGUUUAAGGAAACAGAAAUUCCACCAAAGGAGAUAGAUAAAUCAAAAAUUAAACGUCUUUAUAAACUGCUGGAGGUCUGGAUAGAAUUUGGACGCAUCAAACUCCCUCAAGGCUACCAUCCAAAUGAUAUAGAAAAAGAGUGGGGAAAACUUAUUAUUGCCAUGCUGGAAAGGGAGAAAACCCUUCGACCUGAAGUAGAGCGGUUGGAAAUGUUGCAGCAAAUUGCAAACAGAGUUCAGCGGGACAUCCUGGGCUGUGAAGACAAACUGAUACUUGCUCGGAAUGCUCUGCAGUCUGAUGCCAAGCGAUUAGAAUCAGGGCUACAGUUCCAGAAUGAAGCAGAGAUCGCUGGAUAUAUACUUGAAUGUGAGAAUCUUCUGCGCCAACAAGUAAUUGAUGCCCAAAUUCUUAUUGAUGGAAAAUAUUACCAGGCAGAUCAACUGGUACAGAGGGUUGCUAAACUUCGAGAUGAUCUUAUGGCCUUAAGGACCGAAUGUUCUUCAAUAUUCAGCAAGGGGCGCACACUGACAACAGAACAGACGAAGCUGAUGAUUUCGGGAAUAACACAAAGCUUAAACUCAGGAUUUGCACCAAACUUAAACCCUGAUUUAAACUCUGGAAUGACCCAGAGUUUAACACCUUUGACUUCUUCCAGUCUGACAUCAGGCCUCUCAUCAGGUCUUACUUCAAGACUGACUCCAGCAAUCACACCAGCAUAUACACCAGGCUUUCCACCACGGAUAAUUCAAACUUAUGUAACAGGAGUUGACACCAAUGCACUGCAAACACUCAAGCUGAUGCAAAUCCGAAAGCCCCUCAUGAAAUCAGCUUUUGUUGAUCAAAAUUUAACAGAAGAAGAAGUCAACAUGAAAUUUGUCCAGGACCUCUUGAACUGGGUAGAUGAAAUGCAGGUGCAGCUUGAUCGAACAGAAUGGGGGUCAGAUCUGCCAAGCGUUGAAAGCCAUUUAGAAAAUCAUAAAAAUGUCCAUAGAGCUAUAGAAGAUUUUGAAUCAAGCCUUAAAGAAGCUAAAAUCAGUGAGAUCCAAAUGACUGCCCCUCUUAAACUCAAUUAUGCAGAAAAAUUGCACAAACUGGAGAGUCAGUAUGCAAAACUCUUGAAUACAUCAAGAAAUCAAGAAAGGCACCUUGAUACCCUGCACAAUUUUGUGUCCCGUGCCACUGGAGAGCUUAUAUGGCUGAAUGAAAAAGAAGAGGAGGAGGUUGCGUAUGACUGGAGUGAAAGAAACUCCAAUAUAUCAAGAAAAAAGGAGUACCAUGCAGAUUUAAUGAGAGAACUUGAUCAAAAGGAAGAAGUUAUUAAAUCAGUUCAGGAAAUAGCAGAGCAGCUACUCCUGGAAAAUCACCCUGCAAGGCUAACUAUUGAGGCCUAUAGAGCUGCAAUGCAGACCCAGUGGAGCUGGAUUUUACAGUUGUGUCACUGUGUUGAACAACACUUGAGAGAAAAUGCUGCUUAUUUUGAGUUUUUCAAUGAUGCCAAAGAAGCCAUGGACUAUUUAAAGAAUUUAAAAGAUGCCAUACAGCGAAAGUACAGUUGUGAUAGGUCCAGCAGCCUUCAUAAACUGGAAGAUCUUGUUCAGGAGUCCAUGGAAGAAAAAGAACAACUCUUGCAGUACAAGAGCACAGUAGCUGGCCUUGUGGGGAAGGCAAAGGCAAUAAUUCAGCUGAAGCCAAGGAAUCCUGAUAGUCCACUCAAAACAUCCAUCCCAAUUAAAGCCAUCUGUGACUACAGACAAAUUGAGAUAACCAUUUACAAAGAUGAUGAAUGCGUAUUGGCGAGCAACUCCCAUCGUGCCAAAUGGAAAGUCAUUAGUCCAAGUGGUAAUGAGGCCAUGGUUCCAUCUGUGUGCUUUACAGUUCCUCCACCAAACAAAGAAGCAAUAGACACGGCAAACAGAAUUGAACAACAUUUUCAGAAUGUACUGGCCCUUUGGCAUGAAUCACAUAUAAACAUGAAGAGCGUGGUUUCCUGGCACUACUUGACAAAUGAAAUUGAAACUGUUCGAGCUGGUAAUGUUGCUUCGAUAAAGACAAUGUUGCCAGGGGAACAUCAGCAGGUUUUAAGCAAUUUACAGUCCCGCUUUGAUGAGUUUCUGGAAGACAGCCAGGACUCCAAAAUCUUUUCAGGCUCAGAUAUAGCACAUCUGGAAAGGGAGGUUAAUGUCUGCAAGCAGUACUAUCAGGAACUUCUUAAAUCUGCAGAAAGAGAGGAGCAGGAGGAAUCCAUUUACAAUCUGUAUAUCUCAGAAGUCAGAAACAUCAGACUUCGCUUGGAGAACUGUGAGGACCGUUUGAUCCGACAGAUUCGGACUCCACUGGAGAGGGAUGACCUACAUGAAAGUGUGUUUAGGAUCUCGGAACAAGAGAAGCUAAAGAAAGAGCUGGAUCGACUCAAGGAUGAUUUGGGAAUGAUUACAGAUAAAUGCGAGGAGUUUUUCAGUCAAGCUGCUGGUUCACCUUCUGUCCCCACCCUCCGUUCUGAGCUCAAUGUCAUCAUUCAGAAUAUGAAUCAAGUUUACUCCAUGUCUUCCAUAUACAUAGAAAAGUUAAAAACUGUAAAUUUGGUGCUGAAAAACACUCAAGGAGCAGAAGCGCUAGUAAAACUUUAUGAGACUAAACUGUGUGAAGAAGAAGCAGUCACUGCUGACAAGAAUAAUAUUGAGAACCUUAUGGGUACAUUAAAGCAAUGGAGGUCUGAAGUGGAUGAGAAAAGAGAGGUAUUCCAUGCCUUAGAAGAUGAACUGCAGAAAGCCAAGGCGAUCAGUGAUCAAAUGUUUAAAACGCAUAAGGAACGAGAUCUUGACUUUGACUGGCAUAAAGAGAAAGCUGAUCAGCUGUCUGAGAGAUGGCAAAAUGUUCAUUCUCAGAUUGAAAACCGGUUGCGUGACUUAGAGGGUAUCAGUAAAUCUCUGAAAUACUACAAAGAUACUUACCAUACACUGGAUACCUGGAUUCAGAAAGUGGAAGAUACUCAGCGAAAGAUUCAAGAAAACCAACCAGAAAACAGCAAAGCUUUGGCUAAACAGCUGAACCAGCAAAAGAUGCUGGUUUCUGAAAUUGAAAUGAAACAAAAUAAAAUAGAUGAAUGCCAGAAAUAUUCAGAGCAAUACUCAGCUUCAGUAAAGGAUUAUGAACUGCAGACAAUGACAUACAGGGCUAUGGUUGACUCACAACAAAAAUCCCCAGUGAAACGCCGGAGAAUGCAGAGCUCAUCUGACUUCAUUAUACAAGAGUUCAUGGAUUUACGAACACGCUAUACUGCCUUGGUGACCCUGGUGACCCAGUAUAUUAAAUUUGCUGGUGACUCUUUGAAAAGACUAGAAGAAGAGGAGAAGUCAAUGGAAGAGGAAAAGAAAGAGCAUGUUGAGAAAGCUGGGGAUUUACUGAAAUGGGUGUCAAACAUCAGCAAGACCCUCAGCAAGGGAGAAAGAGAAAAGGCUGAAAAGGCAGACUUGCCUAAGCAGCAGAUUUCCGCUGAUGAAAUAGCAACCAAGAAAGAACAAAUAUCUGAGGCUUUGCAGACUACACAGUCAUUUUUGGCUAAACACAGUGACAAAAUGAUGGAUGGAGAGAGAAAUGAAAUGGAAAAACAAGUGAAGUCCCUACAAGAAGGUUAUAACCUGUUAUCUAAUGAAGCUUUGAAACAACUGCAGGGAGCACAAAAUUUAGGUGAUGAAAAGAUGGAGGAAAAGGUGGAUAAAGUUAUUGCUGGUAUCAUUGAUCAAACAACUGGAGAAGUCCUUUCAGUCUUUCAGUCUGUUUUAAAAGGUCUAAUUGACUCUGAAACUGGCAUUAGAUUGCUUGAGAAUCAGCUGAUUUUAUCUGGGCUAAUUUCACCAGAAUUAGGAAUAUGUUUUGAUCUUGAAGAAGCAAAAGUCCAUGAACUUAUUGAUGAACAAACUCUACUGCAACUACAAGAAUUAAAUAAUGCUAAGAAAAUUAUUUCAGAGUCAUCAGUCACAAAUCUUCCAGCUGUAGCUGCUUUAGAACAAGGUCUAAUUCCAGAGACUCUUGCCAUUAAAAUUCUUGAGAUUCAGCUUUCCAGAGGCUAUCUAGUUAUACCAGCUACAGGGGAGCAACUCACUUUGCACAAAGCUUUCCAGAGGAACCUGGUUUCUGCAUCUUUAUUUUCAAAGCUUUUGGAAAGGCAAGACACAUGCAAAGAUCUCAUAGACCCCAACACUGCAGAAAAGGUUUCCCUGGAGGAGAUGGUUCAAAGAAGCAUAAUAAGAGAAGAAACAGGGUUAAGACUUCUACCUGUAAGACCACACGAAAGAGGUGGAAUCACUCUAAAAUGUGGAAGGCAGAUAAGUAUUUUGAGAGCAGCCCAUGAAGGUCUCAUAGACCGUGAAACCAUGUUCAGGUUGCUGGGAGCUCAACUACUAUCUGGAGGUAUAAUUGAACCUGACUCAGGGCACAGAAUGACUGUGGAAGAAGCCAUGAGACAAGAGUUGAUUGAUCAGGACACUGCUUGUGGUAUUCUGACUCAUCAGAUUCAGACUGGUGGGAUAUUAUGUUCAAAUUCAUCCAAACGCUUAACUGUAGAUGAAGCCAUACAGUGCAGCUUAAUCUCAUCUAGCAGUGCACUCUUGGUACUAGAAGCACAGAGAGGCUUCAUUGGCCUCAUUUGGCCUCAUUCUGGUGAAAUAUUCCCCAUAUCUACUUCUUUACAUCAAGGGAUGAUAACAAAUGAACUAGCAAGCAAAAUACUAAAUGGCAGGCAGAAAAUAGCUGCAAUUUAUAUUCCUGAAACCUGUGAGGUACUCAGUCUGGAUAAUGCCGCACAGUUAGGGGUAAUAGAUGGUAAUACUGUAUCUGUUUUGAACAAUGUAAUUUUACCUGAUAAAAUGCCUAACAUGGAGGAUUUAGAGUCCUCUUGUAAAAAUGCUGCAAGAUGGUUAUCAUCUUAUGAAUUCCAGCCAUCUGCAUUUCAUGACUAUAGACAGGAACAAGAAGUUUCAGUUACAGAAGAGCCAAUGCCUCAUAGUGUAGAGCAAACUAAAAAAUUAUUCAUGUCUUAUCUGAUGAUAAAUAGCUAUAUGGAUGCAAACACAGGGCAAAGACUUUUGUUAUAUGAUGGAGACCUGGAUGAAGCUGUCAGCAUGUUGUUGGAAGGUGAUGAUUCUGCGUCCAGUGCUGAUGUGACAGAAGGAGGAUUUAAUAAUAAAUAUGUAAACUUAAAAAGAACUGAUCUGAAACAACCUGACAAUGUCAUGUUUAAUAAUGUCACAAGCAAUGUCCUGCAUGAGUAUACAGGUGUACAGAAUACUUUUACUGACAGCAACUUAAAACAGCGUGAAGAAGAUACUCAGAAUGAUAAAUGUUCAGAGAGAAAUGAUUUUCACAGUAGAGCAAAUGUCUUUAAGGCUAAUGGUUUUGAACAGUCAGAAUGUACAUUGCAUUUGUUGUUGUCUAAACCUGAAGCAGAAACUGGAAAUCUAGUGGGUAGUACUCAAAACCCUGAGAAAGGGAAUUCAUUCAAAAGUUUUCAAGAAUAUCCUAAACGAAUACAGAUGGAACGGUGUGAGCAUGUGUAUCAGCAAGCAAACUCUGGAAAUGUAGAAAGGCAUCUUCCAAAAUACUCACAAGGAAAUCUUAUUUCAAGAAUAGAUCAAGACAAACCCAGCAUGCCUGAUAGAAGAGAGAUCUUGGGUAGGGAAAGCAGGACUUUUAACACUUUAGAAAAUUCCUUGGGUGUAGAUGAUUUGUCAGUUAAUAGCGAAGUCAGUGCUGUUCAAGAAAGCAAUCCAAAGUGUGGCCCUCAUAUUUUGCAGUCUGAUGAUAAGAGUAUGUUAACUGAUAACAAUAUGAAAAAAUGUGAUGUUCAGAGAAGUCUCAAUUCAUUCAGCCACACAGAUAUUGAAAACAGACUUCUAGGAGAACUUUCUGGUAAAGAAUUAGUGAGUCAAAUUGUUUGUAAUGAGCAUAGCAUGCUACAGUCUAAAGAGAAUGAGUAUGGCAGGCCAUCCCUUCAGGACUGUACCAAUAUGCCUGAUGGACUACUUCCGGAAGACAAUAAUUAUGUGCCUCUGUUGAAAAACAGUACUGACACACAUGGCAGGUCACCACUGGGAGACAGUACUGGCAUGCAGGGCGGGCCACCCCUGGAGGACACUAGCGAUGUGCAUCAUAGGGCUCUGUUGGAAGACACUACUGAUACACCUGGGAGGGCACUGCUGGGAGACGGUACCAGCAAGCAUGGCAGGUCUCUUCUGGGAAACAGUAUCAGUCUGCAUGAUGGGUUACUCCUAGGGGACAGCGAUGCUAUAUAUGGCAGGUUACUACUGGGAGAUAAUAGUAAUAAACCUGGUGAUCUGCUGCUGGGAGAGAGUGAUGGCACCCCACAGUGUGAAAAUAACUAUUUGCAGCAGGUUGAUGAUGAAGAUGAUGAUGCCUAUGACACUCCUCAGGUUGAUGAUGAAAAUGAUGAUGCCUAUGACACUCCUCAGGUUGAUGAUGAAGAUGAUGAUGCCUAUGACACUCCUCAGCUUGAAGAUGAUGAUGACAAUGACGAUGCAUAUGACACUGCUCAGGUUGAUGGAUAUGAUUCCUAUGACUCCCCUCAGAUUGAUGAUGAUUACAGUACCUCUCAGCUUGAAGAUGAUGAUGACGAUGACGAUGCAUAUGACACUGCUCAGGUUGAUGGAUAUGAUUCCUAUGACUCCCCUCAGAUUGAUGAUGAUUACAGUACCUCUCAGCUUGAAGAUGAUGAUACCCCAGAGCCUGACAACACAUCCUUAGGUCUCCAAGAAGAAAGAGACGGGCUAGUAAAUGUGAGGGAAGAACUAAACACUUUUCAAGAUGUGAGUAACACCGGAGAUAGUGUCCUGAGCGUUAAUGAAGUAAGACAGACAGAUUCAUUUGAGAUGAUAAAUAUGGCCUCAGGAAGUGCUGGAAUGUUGGAAGCCAUCUCUGAAGAGGAGACAGAAAGUGUAGGGAAGGUGGAAAAGAAGGAGCAGACACUACCAGUCAUGAGAGAGAGUGAAGAAAGUGAGGAGAGCGGCUUUAGUCCCUUAUUGAGGCUGCAUGAAGCUGAAGUGCAAGCAAAAAGUGACUCUAAUGAGGAUGAGCAUGAAGGAAUGCAGGAGGAGGAGGGAAAUUAUGAUUAUAUGGAUUAUGAUAGUGAUAGUUAUGAUGGAACUGACGAUGAUGAUGAAGAUGAAGAUGAAGAAGAAGAAGGAAUAAUGGAUAUUUAUUACUCACAGUGUCAGAAUAAAAACGUUGGUAUCCAGCUUUUUGCUCCUUCCAAAGAAAUGGAAGAUAGUGAUGAAUGUAAUCAGAAUAUUGAUGCCUUGGAUGGUUAUCUUCCUUUAAAGCACAUGGCAGUUGAUAAUAUUUUGCAGUUAGAUUCCAACAGUCAAAAAAGUAAUCUAUGCUCUGAUAAAUCCAAUUUAAAAAAACAUAAAAAUGUAUCUGAUGUUUCUGAAGAAGGAAGUCUUGAUCUUACAGAUAAAACCAAAGAGGAAGGACAGCAAGAAAUUGAAAGUGCUUCUGAGGAUUUGGUAGAAAGCAAACAUAUGUUUGAAGAUAUUACUGAAAAUAUCCAACCUGAAAGCAUCAUUGGCACUGAAUGGCUGUUAUCUAACAGUGAAGAAAGUCACCUCACACAGCAUAUGACUCUAACGCCUGAUCUUGGCAUGAAUGAUACCAUGGCAACAGACCCUGCAAUAAUUCAGGAGGGAUCUGAGUGUGCAUCCCCAUCUGCUAUUGCUAAGCAAGCUGCUGCUGCAAACAUUCAGACUCAAAUAGACUUCCUCCCUUCAGAAGUUCUGUUACCAGUUCAUGUCAUAACGAAAAACGAGAACAAUAUAUCUGUGCCAUGGUCAAAUUAUGAGCAAAGACAGAACACAGAGGAAGACAUACUCGUGAAGCACAUGUCAAAUAAUGUGACUGGCGUAGAACUGCUUAAGGUAAAUUCAUCCCAAAUGGAUAAUAAAGUAGUCAGACAUGUGCCUUAUGUGAAUGACAGUGAUAGUCUAGGUUCUCCAACUGACUUAGUACACCCAGUCACAAAUAAAGAACUUGGUCAAAUAGAAAUAGGUAUUGACAUUCCUAAACAAAAUAUAAACAUGAUGACUAUUAUAAAGGAAAGUCAUAUCCAGGAAUUAAGUAAAAGUCCCAUUCAUAUGGAAAGCCUUGGAGAAAUAUUUGAUGGAUCUAUUAAAACAGGUUGUGAAAUUGCUGUUUCAAAUGAAGAAAAAGUAAGUGUUGGACAAGCCUCGAGUGAUGCUAAAUCAGGACAUUACAGUGACUUUGAUACAGUGAAAUCAGAUGAAUUUAUGGAAGAGUUUGACCUUUCUGCUUAUUUAAAACAAUGUGCAAAAGGCAUAAAAGCAAAAGAUAGUUCAGAACGGAAUAAGGCUGAUUCUUGUUACCUUAAGGAAGGUGAAACUGGCGAAAAUUAUAUACAGAAUGGAAAAGAGUUAGUGAUACCUGACUAUGUUAUUGAUAUGGGAGCAGGGCAUCCAACUGAAUUAAAUUCUAAUUCUCAAUCCUCUCCCCUGACAGUUACAGUAAAAUCAAAGGGAAUAAACGUUACUACAGAAAAUGAGGGUAUCAUCUGUCAAGAAACUGAUAAAGUUCUUAAAAACACUUCAGAAAAUGACAUGAUAGUUAGUCAUGAAUUUUCCUUUAAGAAAGCUGACACAGAAGGAAGUACUGAGAAUGUCCAGGAGUCAGAGGAAAGGGCUGAAAUCAGUCAUUCUGGGAACCAUAGAGGUGCAGCAGACUUUUCUUCUAGACCUUUGGAUAACAUAGGUGAUAGCUUGGAUAAUAUUGUGCAGAGGAAAUGUGAAACACUGGUUUGUUAUAAUGGAGUAAAAAACAUUAUGGAACAGAAUAUUUUAGUCAACAAGACUGAUUUAAUUGAAAAUGGUGUCAGGAAAGAAAAGCCUGUAGAAUCAUUUCACAAAGAAGUGAUGCUCCCCAAAGACUUGCAAGUAGAGGAGGGUAUAUCACAUUCUCCUGAAGUAUCUGACACACUAAUUGAAGACUUAAAGAAUAUUUUAAAAAAGAAAUUGAAAGAUGGCCAUGUUUUCUGCAAGCAGGAAGGUGAACCUUUAAAUUACUCUGACACAAAAUUUUUAAUGCAAAAUUUACUUAAAAUGAUUAGUCGCACACACUUGGGGAAUGAGUCUUCCAGUGAGUCAAAUAUCAAGCAAACACGUGAUGACAUUAGCGCUACACUAAUGGCUACCCCAUCGUGCAUAGAUCAAAAGGACUAUGAUAAUCUUCAGUUAUCUUGGCCUGAUAACAGGAGUCCUGACCUCCUCCUUGAUAUAUUGAAGCAAAACCACUGCAACCAAAAGACUGAUAAUCCAUAUGAAACAACAAGUGAAGAAGCCCAGAAUGAAAGAGACCAAGAGAGAAAAGCUACAGCUCCUAAACUUAUUACUUCUCAACUUGAACAAAUCUUCCAAAUCCCACCUGGAGAUGAAAGUUCAUACAGAUUCGAGGCAUUAAUGAGUGAUUUGGCAAAAGACUUGUUUACCAUCUCACAGACUGCCAGUAUCACCACAGAUGAUGAGUGUGUAAGCAAAGAAGAGGAGCUGGGUACUCUUUUCUCAACAGAACUAACAGAAUUUGGAUCAGAAACUCUCAGAGGGAAUUCAUUGGUUCACAGCACAGCUAUUAUUUUGGAAAAUAACCAGAAGCCUGAGAAGUCAGACAGUCCAUCCAAAAGCUUUUCUGAGGAUGUUCUGCAAAUGAAAGAAGCUGCCCCAGGAGACAACCCAGUAGGCAUGAUGUUCAGUGGAGUACAGCAGUGUUUAAAGUAUACAGAGAAACUGCAAGGACAUUUGGCAAUGGUUCAGGAUAUGAAAUUCCACUUAGAUAAUGAGCAGCCUAUUAGUAACAACUUAGAAAUGCUAAAAACCCAACUUGAACAAUUAGAGUCAUUUGAAUCAGAACUGGCUGUUUUUGCUGUUGUUCUAAAAAAAGAUCUGAAGUUGACAGAAGAGUUUUUAAAGUCUCUGCACAAAGAUGGUCCCAAAGAACAACUUAAAGAGCUAAAAAUAACAUAUGAAUAUUUACAGAAGGCCUUUUUUGUGGUCUGUGAUAUGUCUUCAAAGCGUGCAAAACAAAUAGUCUUUGCUGUUGACUCUGAAAUGUCUAAGCUUUCAAUAUUGCAUCAGGAACUUCUAAGCAGACUUCAGAAGUUUUCAGACCGGAUCACAGAAAACAGUAAAACUGUGAACAACCUGACAGUGAAUACUAGUGAUAUAGAAAAUGUGAAGCAAAGCUUACAACUGCUCAAGAACAAUUCAAAAGAGCUUGGCUGUAUGAAGAUACAACUGGACUCCAUAGCAUUUGAUAUUCAGUUCUUCAUUUCUGAACAUGCCCAGGAUCUUUCUCCUAAUCAGAGCAAACAGCUAUUGAGGCUCUUAAAUAGUACUCAGAAGUGUUUUCAGGAAGUACAGGAAACAAUCACAUCUCAGAUGGAAAGUUUAGAGGGACUGUUACGGACAGCACAAGAUCUUGGUGAUCAGAAGGAUGUGGCCGAGCAGCAGCAGGAAUGCAAGGAGAAACUACAGGAAAUAUGUGAUCUCUUUACACAAACAGAAAAUCGACUCAUUGGUCACCAAGAAGCUCUUGUUAUCAGAGACAGCAAGGCUGAGUUAAAGCAAUACCAAACCAAACAAGAGGAGUUACAGAAAGAUAUGCUGGCAAGUGCACAGGCAUUGGCAGAGAUUGUGAAAAACACUGAGAUGUUCUUGAAAGAGAAUGGAGGAAAGUUGUCACAAGAAGACAAGACUAUUCUUGAACAGAAACUUAAUGAAGCUAAGACAAAAUGUUUGCUGCUUAGCCAGAAGGCAGAAGAGUCCAAAAAAGUGCUGGAUAAAGCUGUGACAACAGCUAUUAAGCAGGAAACAGAAAAGGUUGCUGCCAUAGAACAACUGGAAGAGAGUAAAAAUACGAUUGAAAAUCUCUUGGAUUGGCUGUCAAAUGUGGAUAAGGCAGCAGAGCAUGGGGAUGAGAAAUGGACGCUGGCAAUAGAACAGAAUGGAACCCAUUUUAAAGAAGGGGAUGUAAAGGCUUUGGAGGGAGAAGAGGAUGAAGUCAAUGGUAACCUGUUGGAACUUCAGCAACAGACUGAAACCCAUGUAGAUGGCAGAGUAAAACCCACAGACAGUAACCUGAACCAGCAGUAUCAGAAAGUCAAGGCUCAACAUGAGAAAAUUAUUUCUCAGCAACAGGCUGUUAUAAUAGCAACUCAGUCUGCCCAAGCGCUACUUGAGAAACAAGGCCACUACCUUUCCCCUGAAGAAAAAGAGAAGAUGCAAAGGAACAUGAAGGAACUGAAAGUCCAGUAUGAAACUGCUUUAGCUGAAUCGGAAUGGAAAAUGAAGUUAACACACUCUCUGCAGGAAGAACUUGAGAAAUUUGAUACAGACUACAGUGAGUUUGAAAGCUGGCUGAAGCAGUCAGAACAAGAACUUGAAAACCUGGAGGCCGGUGCUGCUGACUUCACUGGUAUCAUGACCAAGCUCAAAAGGCAAAAGAGUUUUUCAGAAGAUGUUAUUUCUCACAAAGGUGACUUACGGUACAUUACAAUUUCUGGACAGAGGGUGUUAGAUGCUGCUAAAUCUUGGAGUAAAAAAGAUGGUGUCAAGGUUGACAAAGAUGGUAUUGAUACUUCAGCUACUUACAUAGAGGUGCAAAGUAAACUGGAUGGUGCUUCAGAUCGUUUCAAAUCUCUUUAUACUAAGUGUGGUAUCCUUGGAAAUAACCUUAAAGACCUGGUAGAUAAAUACCAGCAUUAUGAAGAAGCCUCAUCUGGGCUUUUGUCAGGUCUCCAGACCUCUGAAGUCGCUGUGAACAAACAGCUGUCUGAGCCAAUUGCAGUGGAUCCUAAGAACCUCCAACGGCAACUAGAAGAAACCAAGGUUCUCCAGGGGCAGGUGUCUAAUCACCAGGUUGCUGUAGAGAAACUGAAAAAAGCUGCUGAAGUGCUUUUGGAUACCAGGGGAACUUUACUACCAGACAAAGAUGAAAUCCAGAAAACACUGGAUGACAUUGUUGGCAGAUAUGACAGUUUAUCCAAGUCUGUGAAUGAACGGAAUGAGAAGCUCCAGAUAACGUUGACUCGUUCCCUAAGCGUGCAAGAUGGUUUGGAUGAAAUGCUUGACUGGAUGGGAGGUGUUGAAAAGAGCCUUGAAGAACAAGGUCAAAUGCCUUUGAAUUCUGCUGCUAUUCAGGAUAUCAUUAGUAAAAAUAUUAUGCUGGAGCAAGAUAUCGCAGGUCGCCAAAGCAGUAUAAAUGCUAUGAAUGAAAAAGUGAACAAAUUCACAGAAACAACAGAUCCAUCCACUGCCUCCUGUCUGCAAGCUAGAAUGAAUGAGCUCUCUGUACGGUUUGCUGAAGCAAGUACCAGACACAAAGGGAAACUUGCAAAGAUGGAGGAAUUGAAGACCAAAGUGGAGUUGUUUGAAAGCCUGUCAGAAAAACUUCAGUCAUUUUUAGACAAGAAAACUCAGGCUCUCAACGAGACUGAUGCUCCAGGAAAGGAUGUUACUGAAGUGUCUCAAUAUAUGCAGGAAACUAGUAUGGCGUUGAUAGAUCAUAAAAAAGAUCUUGAAGUUUUGCAUCAGCUUCUUGAAGAGCUUUCUGUCCAUGGUCUCCCUGGGGACAAAGCAUUGGCUUUAGAAAAGUUAAAUGCCUUGACAAAGAAGUUCAAGGAAGUGGAAGAGACUGUGAAGGAAAAAGAAGAGGAUGUAUCAUCUUGUCAGGAACAAAUGGAUACUUUCAAGCUCCUUGUAGAAUCUUUAAAGAAAUGGAUGAAUGAGACAACAGAUAGGAUUCCAGCUGUGCAACCCUCUUUAAAUACAGAGGAUUUAAAGAAACCAUUGGAAGAUAUUAGGAAAUUAGAAGAGGAAUGGACUUUAAAAGCACCUGAAAUUCAGAAAAUGAAGAGCAGAGGAACAUCAUUAUGUAACCUAAUCAGUGCUGUGACUUCCCCUGCCAAAGGCAGGGCAGCUUCAAAAGCAGGUGGAAUAGUAGUAAAUGGUGAAGGAGCAACUUCAGGUACUCAAGGUUUCCUGACAAAUAAAGAACUGACAGCUGUUCAACAGGCUAUGUCAGAUGUAAAUCACAGUUACGAAGAUUUGGGAGCUUUACUGAAGGAAAAGGUUUCAGAACUGGAAAGCAUGCUUUCAAAGAUGCAAAAUGUUCAAGAAGAAUCAAACUCAGUGAUGCAGUGGCUGCAAAAAAUGGAUAAGGCUGCCACAAGCUGGGAAGCGGCUCCUACUGAUAGUGAAGCGGUUAGAACACAAGUAGAACAACAUAAGCUAUUUGAAACAGAAUUGAAGCAAAGUGAAAAUAAAGUACAGGAGCUGAAGGACAAAGUGACAGAGUUGUUGGAGAAGAAUCCAAAUUCUCCUGAGGCGCCCAAAUGGAAACAGAUGUUGGAUAAAAUAGAUUACAAAUGGAAAGAACUCAAUCAGAUUACAGCUGACAGACGACAAAAUCUCGAAGAGUCCUCAAAUUACCUGACCCAGUUCCAGACAACAGAAGCUCAGUUAAAGCAGUGGCUUAUAGAGAAAGAGCUCAUGGUCAGUGUGCUUGGACCACUGUCAAUUGACCCAAAUAUGCUGAAUACACAGAAGCAGCAGGUCCAGAUUCUGCUUAAGGAGUUUGAUACCAGAAAGCCUCAGUAUGAACAGUUAACCACAGCUGGUCAGGGGAUAUUGAAGAGACCAGGUGAACAUCCUCCCUCUCAUGAAAUUGUGAAAAAGCAACUGGCAGCUGUGGCACAAAAAUGGGACGGUCUAACAGGACAACUGAAUGACAGAUGUGGUCAAAUUGACCAAGCCAUUGUCAAAAGCAAAGAGUAUCAAAGCCUUCUGAGAAGCCUGUCUGAUAAGCUAAGUGCCUUGGAUAAUAAACUGAGCAGCACCCUGGCUGUGCGCACACACCCCGAUGCUAUGAAACAGCAGUUGGAAAUGGCUCGAGAAAUGAAGCAGGAAAUAGAACAGGAAAUGAAAAAUAUAAAAGUGGCUCAGGCCCUUUGUGAGGAGCUGUCAGCGCUGGUUGGAGAAGAGUACUUGAAAGCUGAACUUAUUAGGCAAUUGGAAGGCAUUGUAAAACCAUUUACGGAUAUUGAACAGAAAGCAGCUAAUCACGUUCAGCAACUUCAAUCAGCAUAUGCUACUUCUCAUCAGUUCCAACAAAUGUCUAAGGACUUUCAGACCUGGCUGGACAAAAAGAAAGAAGAACUGAACCAGGCUCAUCCUAUAUCGGCCAACCUUGAGUCCUUGCAGUCAUUAAUUGGAGAGCAGAAAGAUUUUAAGAAGACCUUGUCUGACCAGAUUAGUUCCUAUGAAAAAAUUGUUGCAGAAGGUGAAAGUCUCCUACAGAAGACUCAAGGAGCUGACAGGGCAGAGUUGCAGUCUCAGCUUGGCAUGCUCAAAAGUAACUGGGACGAAAUGAAUAAGCAUAUAAGAGAAAGGCAAGAUAAGUUAAGUACUUGUCUGGAGAAAGCCCUCAAGUACAAAGAACAUGUAGAAAACCUGCAGCCCUGGAUAGAGAAGUGCCAAAAUAACCUGUCUGAAGUAAAGAUUGUCAUAGAUCCUGUCAAAAUAGAGAAUUCUAUUGCUCAGGUGAAGGCCUGGCAAAAGGACUUGGACAAACACCAUAGUAUGGUGGAAUUAUUAAAUAAUGCAGCCGACAGUUUGCUCAAUGCCAGUCAAACAGAUAAAGAAAGCAUUACAGAAGAGAAAGUGGCAUUGAACCAGAAAGUGGAAAUGGUCACAGAACAAUUACAUAGUAAGAGGGAGACCUUGGAAAACAUGGCACAAAAGCUAAAAGAGUUUCAGGAAUCAUCCAGAGAAACCCAAAGGCAACUUAAAAGUGCCAAAGAGCAGCUAGAAGUUCAUGAUGCUCUUGGACCCCAGGCUUGUAGUAACAAACACUUGACAAUGAUGCAGAGCCAGCAGAAAACACUUCAGACUUUAAAGCCUCAUGUGCACUUGGCCAAAAAACUUGCCCAAGAACUGGUGGUAGAAGCUUCCAAUUCAGAAGGUGUUGCUGACCUCUUGUUGCAAGCUGAGUCUUUAGAGCAAGAAUACAGUACAAUCAGCCAGCAGGUUGAAGGCAAGUGUUCAUUCUUAGAGACGAAACUUCAGGGAAUUGGCCAUUUCCAAAACAACAUCAGAGAGAUGUUUUCUCAGUUUGCAGAGUUUGAUGAUGAGCUCGAUAGCAUGGCUCCAGCAGGAAGAGAUCUAGACACUCUGUGGUCACAAAGAGAGGAUAUCAACAAUUUCCUCAAAAAGCUGGAAGAUCUUAUAACAAGUAAUGAAAAUGCCAAUAAAACCUGUAAAAUGAUGUUAGCCACUGAAGCGUCUCCUGAUCUAGUUGGUAUAAAAAGGGACUUAGAGGCUUUAAGUAAACAAUGCAAUAAGUUACUGGACAGAGCAAAAGCCAGAGAGGAACAAGUGGAAGGAAUUAUUAGUCGUAUUGAAGAGUUUUAUAGUAAUUUAAAAGAAUUUUCCAGUCUGCUUAGGGGAGCUGAAGAACAUGAAGAAUCUCAAGGUCCUGUUGGAAUGGAAACAGACAUUAUUAAUCAACAACUGAAUAUAUUCAAGGUAUUCCAGAAAGAAGAGAUUGAACCACUGCAAGUUAAACAACAGGAGGUAAAUUGGCUAGGCCAAGGCCUUAUUCAAAGUGCUGCUAAAAAUGCUAGCACCGAGAAUCUUGAGCAUGACCUUGAAGAUGUUAACACCCGAUGGAAGACUCUCAAUAAGAAGGUUGCUCAACGAGCUGCUCAGCUGCAAGAAGCUCUUCUCCGCUGUGGAAGGUUCCAGGAUGCCCUUGAAUCUCUGCUUAGCUGGCUCAUUGAUACAGAAGAUCUAGUGGCCAAUCAGAAACCCCCAUCUGCUGAGUUCAAAGUUGUGAAGGCCCAGAUACAGGAACAGAAACUUCUCCAAAGGUUACUGGAUGACCGCAGACCUACCGUUGAGGUAAGCAAGCGCGAAGGGGAGAAAAUUGCAGAGUCAGCAGAACCUGCUGAUAAAGUGAAGAUCUUGAAGCAGUUGAGUCUCCUGGAUAGUAGAUGGGAUGCAUUGCUCAGUAAAGCUGAAACAAGGAAUCGUCAGUUGGAAGGUAUCUUAGUGGUAGCACAGCAAUUCCAUGAAACUUUAGAACCCCUGGUUGAGUGGCUGACCACCACUGAGAAAAGGCUUGCAAAUUCUGAACCCAUUGGAACACAAACUUCUAAACUGCAGCUGCAGAUUUCUCAGCAUAAAGCGUUAGAAGAUGACAUCCUUACUCGCAAUAAAAGUUUACAUAUGGCCAUUAGCAUUGGUCAGUCUCUUAAGACUAUGAGCUCCAGAGAGGAUAAAGAUAUGGUGCAGGAAAAGCUAGAUUCUUCCCAAGCCCGAUAUAUUGAGAUUCAAGAGAAGAGUAACAGCUGGUCUGAGCUGCUCCAGCAAGCCUAUUGCAAUGCUCAGAUUUUCGGGGAAGAUGAAGUUGAAUUGAUGAACUGGCUGAAUGAAGUACAUGACAAACUGAGCAAAUUGUCAGUCCAAGAUUACAGGACAGAGUCACUCAUGAAACAACACGCUGACCUGCUGGUGCUUCAGGAAGAGAUUCUGCUCAGAAAACAAAAUGUCGAUCAAGCUAUACAAAAUGGCUUAGAGCUUCUCAAGCAAACAACAGGUGAUGAAGUUGUAAUAAUUCAAGAUAAAUUGGAAGGCAUUAAAGCAAGGUACAAAGAUAUUACUAAAUUGAGCUCUGAUGUAUCCAAGACUUUAGAGCAAGCUCUGCAGCUUGCAGGUCAACUGCAGUCCACUCACGAGGAACUCUGCAUAUGGCUUGACAAAGUGGAGGUGGAAUUGCUUUCAUAUGAUGCUCAGACCCCCAAGGGAGAAGAAUUAAGCGAUGUACAAGAAAGACAAAAAGAGUUGAAAAAAGAAGCAAAGAACAACAAAGGCUUAUUGGACACCCUCAAUGAAGUCAGCAGUGCCUUGCUGGAAUUGGUGCCAUGGAGGGCAAGAGAGGGGUUAGACAAAAUGGUGACUGAGGACAAUGAGCGGUACAGAUUAGUGAGCGACACGCUAACUCAGAAGGUGGAGGAGAUUGAUGCUGCCAUUCUAAGAUCACAGAAGUUUGAUCAAGCAGCUGAUGCAGAAUUAGCCUGGAUUGCAGAAACAGAAAAAAAAUUGAUGUCUCUGGGUGAUAUUAGGCUUGAGCAAGACCAGACCGCUGCUCAGCUACAAGUUCAAAAGGCAUUUACCAUGGAGAUUUUGAGGCACAAGGAUGCUAUAGAUGAACUUGUUGAAACUGGGGAUGAGAUUAUGAACACAUGCACUGAAGAGGAGAAACAGUCCAUGAAGAGAAAACUGGAAAGCCUCUUACAGAAAUAUGAUAUGGUCUGUCAAAUGAAUGCUGAGAGGAACCUCCAGCUGGAACGUGCUCAAUCCCUGGUUAACCAGUUCUGGGAGACUUAUGAAGAGCUUUGGCCGUGGUUAACCGAAAUAGAAAUGGUCAUCUCGCAGCUUCCUGCUCCAGCUCUUGAAUAUGAAACUUUAAAGCAACAGCAAGAAGAGCAUCGGCAACUGCGUGAGCUGAUUGCUGAACACAAGCCUCAUAUAGAUAAGAUGAACAAAACUGGCCCUCAGUUGUUGGAGCUGAGCCCAGGAGAAGGUUUUUGUAUCCAAGAGAAAUACGUGGCGGCUGACACCCUUUACAGUCAAAUUAAAGAAGAUGUCAAAAAGCGAGCGCUGGCACUGGAUGAAGCCAUUUCUCAGUCUACUCAGUUUCAUGACAAGAUAGAUCCAACCCUCGAGAGUCUGGAACGCAUAGUUGAACGUCUGAGGCAGCCACCUUCAAUCUCAGCUGAGGUUGAGAAGAUUAAAGAGCAGAUCAGUGAAAAUAAGAAUGUGUCAGUAGAUCUGGAAAAACUUCAGCCCGUGUACGAGACACUCAAACAGCGUGGGGAGGAAAUGAUAGCUCGCUCAGAGGGAGCUGAUAAGGAUAUAUCUGCUAAAGCUGUUCAGGAUAAAAUUAAACAAAUGGUCUUCAUCUGGGAAGACAUCCAGGCCUUGACUGAGGAAAGGGAGGCCAAAUUGCUGGAUGUGAUGGAGCUGGCUGAAAAGUUCUGGUGUGAUCACAUGGCUCUUGUAGUCACUAUUAAAGAUACUCAGGAUUUCAUCCGAGAACUGGAGGGACCUGGAGUUGACCCCUCUGUAGUCAAACAACAGCAAGAGGCUGCAGAGGCUAUCCGAGAAGAAGUUGAUGGACUGCAGGAAGAACUCGAUAUGGUGGUAAACUUAGGUUCUGAACUUAUAGCUGCUUGUGGAGAACCUGACAAGCCUAUUGUCAAUAAGAGCAUAGAUGAGCUGAAUUCAGCUUGGGAUACUCUAAACAAAGCAUGGAAAGAGCGGAUAGACAAACUUGAUGAAGCCAUGCAAGCUGCUGUUCAGUACCAAGAUGGACUGCAGGCAAUAUUUGACUGGGUAGAUAUUGCUGGCAGUAAAUUAGCUUCAAUGUCACCAGUUGGAACAGAUCUAGAAACAGUGAAGCAGCAAACUGCAGAACUGAAGCAAUUUAAGAUGGAGGCUUAUCAGCAGCAAAUAGAAAUGGAAAGGCUAAAUCAUCAAGCAGAACUGUUGUUGAAGAAGGUUACAGAAGAAAGUGACAAGCACACAGUUCAAGAACCCCUCUCGGAGCUCAAACUGAUGUGGGUCAAUCUAGAGGAGAAAAUUAUUAACAGACAGCACAAGCUGGAGGGUGCCUUGUUAGCUUUGGGGCAGUUCCAACAUGCCCUGGAUGAAUUACUGACAUGGCUGACGCACACAGAAGACCUGCUGAAUGAACAGAAACCUGUGGGCGGAGACCCCAAGGCUAUUGAAAUUGAACUUGCCAAACAUCAUGUGCUACAAAAUGAUGUGUUAGCUCAUCAGUCCACUGUGGAAACAGUUAAGAAAGCAGGAAAUGACCUGAUUGAAUCAAGUGCUGUUGAAGAAGCAAGCAAUCUACAGAGCAAGUUGGAACUUUUGAAUCAGCGCUGGCAAAAUGUGUUGAAAAAAACAGAACAAAGGAAACAGCAGCUGGACAGUGCCUUGAUCCAGGCCCAAGGUUUCCAUGGUGAAGUUGAAGAUAUGCAACAAUGGCUGACAGACACCGAACGUCAGCUGUUGGCAUCAAAACCUGUUGGAGGUUUACCAGAAACUGCAAGAGAGCAGCUUAAUACCCACAUGGAACUCUGUGCUGCCUUUGAAGCCAAAGAAGAGACGUACAAGCACCUGAUGCAGAAAGGCCAGCAGAUGCUUGCAAGAUGCCCAGGGUCUGCUGAGACAAAUGUUGAGCAAGAUAUAAAUAACUUAAAAGUAAAAUGGGACUCAGUACAAACAAAACUCAGCGAAAGAAAGGCCAAACUGGAAGAAGCCCUGAAUUUGGCUAUGGAGUUCCACAACUCACUUCAAGACUUCAUCAACUGGCUUACCCAGGCAGAGCAGACUUUGAAUGUGGCUUCUCGGCCAAGUCUUAUCUUGGACACUGUCUUGUUUCAAAUUGAUGAACACAAGGUCUUUGCUACGGAGGUGAAUUCUCACCGAGACCAGAUCAUAGAGCUGGAUAAAACUGGAACCCAUCUGAAAUAUUUCAGCCAGAAACAGGAUGUUGUCCUUAUUAAGAAUCUGGUGAUUAGUGUACAGAGUAGAUGGGAAAAAGUGGUUCAACGCUUAGUGGAAAGAGGAAGAGCUUUGGAUGAUGCAAGGAAACGAACAAAACAGUUCCAUGAAGCCUGGAACAAACUUAUGGCAUGGUUGGAAGAGUCAGAAAAGUCAUUGGAUUCAGAGCUCGAAAUUGCAAAUGAUCCAGACAAAAUAAAGAUGCAGCUUACACAGCAUAAGGAGUUCCAGAAAUCUCUUGGAGCCAAGCAUUCUGUGUAUGACACCACAAAUAGGACUGGACGCUCCCUCAAAGAGAAAACCUCUCUGGCGGAUGACAAUUUGAAACUGGACGAUAUGCUGAGUGAGCUCAGAGACAAAUGGGAUACAAUCUGUGGAAAAUCUGUGGAAAGACAAAACAAACUGGAGGAAGCCCUGUUAUUUUCAGGGCAAUUUACUGAUGCUCUGCAGGCUCUCAUCGACUGGCUAUAUAAAAUUGAACCUCAGUUGGCAGAAGAUCAGCCAGUGCAUGGAGACAUCGAUUUGGUGAUGAACCUGAUUGAUAAUCACAAAGUCUUCCAGAAGGAGCUGGGGAAGAGGACAAGCAGUGUCCAGGCUCUGAAACGCUCUGCUCGAGAACUCAUAGAAGGCAGUCGUGAUGACUCCUCCUGGGUAAAGGUCCAAAUGCAGGAGCUAAGCACUCGCUGGGAGACGGUCUGCGCCCUCUCCGUAUCCAAGCAAACACGACUGGAACAGGCCCUACACCAGGGAGAGGAAUUUCACGCUGUUGUGCAUGUUCUUUUGGAGUGGCUGGCUGAGGCAGAGCAGGCCCUUCGUUUCCAUGGAAUCCUCCCAGAUGAUGAAGAGGCUCUACGGACACUAAUUGAUCAGCACAGGGAAUUCAUGAGGAAGUUGGAGGACAAAAAGGCAGAACUAAAUAAAGCAGCAGGUAUGGGAGAAGCCAUCCUGGCUAUCUGCCACCCAGACUCCAUCACUACCAUUAAGCACUGGAUAACAAUCAUCAGAGCCAGAUUUGAAGAGGUAUUAGCAUGGGCAAAGCAACAUCAGCAGAGACUGGCAGGAGCCCUUGCUGGACUUAUUGCUAAGCAGGAAUUGUUGGAAGCCUUAUUGUCCUGGUUGCAGUGGGCAGAGACUACUCUUAGUGAAAAAGAUAAAGAGGUCAUCCCCCAGGAGAUCGAGGAUGUUAAAGCACUCAUAGCUGAACAUCAGACGUUUAUGGAGGAAAUGACCAGAAAACAGCCUGAUGUGGAUAAAGUCACAAAGAUCUACAAAAGGAAGGCAGUUGAACCCACUCCAAUACAGUCUCAUAUUCCUGUGCUAGAUAAAGGGAGAACAGGAAGAAAACGUUCCCAAGCAGCAGGCAUGUAUCCAUCAGGAACACAGACACAAAUUGAAACCAAGAAUCCAAGGAUAAACCUAUUAGUCAGCAAAUGGCAGCAAGUCUGGCUUCUGGCCUUGGAAAGAAGAAGAAAAUUGAAUGAUGCUUUGGAUAGACUAGAAGAGCUGAGGGAAUUUGCCAACUUUGAUUUUGAUAUCUGGAGGAAAAAGUAUAUGCGAUGGAUGAAUCAUAAGAAAUCUCGAGUAAUGGACUUCUUUAGGAGGAUUGAUAAAGAUCAGGAUGGAAAGAUAACGAGGCAGGAAUUUAUUGAUGGAAUUCUUUCUUCAAAAUUCCCUACCAGCCGACUUGAAAUGAGUGCAGUGGCAGAUAUCUUUGACAGAGAUGGUGAUGGGUACAUUGACUACUAUGAAUUUGUAGCAGCACUUCAUCCAAACAAGGAUGCAUACAAGCCUCUGACAGAUGCUGACAAAAUUGAAGAUGAGGUUACAAGGCAGGUAGCUAAAUGUAAAUGUGCAAAACGAUUCCAGGUGGAGCAGAUUGGGGAUAACAAGUACAGGUUCUUCCUGGGAAAUCAGUUUGGUGACUCUCAACAGCUGCGUCUUGUUCGCAUCUUGCGAAGUACAGUAAUGGUUCGUGUUGGAGGUGGCUGGAUGGCACUGGAUGAAUUCUUAGUAAAAAAUGAUCCCUGCAGGGUUCAUCAUCAUGGGAGUAAAAUGUUACGUUCGGAAUCAAACUCUUCAAUUACCACUCAGCCUACCAUAGCUAAAGGGAGGACAAACAUGGAGCUGCGUGAAAAGUUCAUUUUGGCAGAUGCUGCAAGUCAGAACGUGGCUGCUUUCCGUCCAAGAGGUCGUAGAUCACGACCUUCUUCAAGGGGUGCUUCUCCCAACAGAUCUGCUUCUAUAUCAAGUCAGGCUGGCCAGGGAGCUUCACCACAAGCAGUUGCUACAAGUACACCCAAGACACCCCAUCAUUUAACACGCAAUUAUGGUAAACCAUGGUUGACAAACAGCAAAACGUCAACUCCUUCUAAACCAUCAGAGUCCUCAGAAUAUCAAGGGUCAUCUUCAGAGGGAACACCAAUACAAGGGAGUAAACUUAGACUGCCAGGAUAUCUGUCAGGGAAAGGUUUCCACUCUGGAGAAGACAACAGCCUAAUAUCAACAGCAGCUACCAGAGUUAGAGCGCAGUUUGCAGACACCAGAAGGACUCCAAGUAGACCUGGAAGCCGAGCAGGAAGCAAGGCUGGCAGUAGGUCAAGUAGCCGCCGAGGCAGUGAUGCAUCUGACUUUGACAUUUCAGAAAUCCAGUCUGUGUGUUCAGAUAUGUCAGAGACUGUUCACAAUGCAAGCAGACCACAGCCCCGAGCAGGAUCUCGGCUAGCAUCAGGCAAGCCUUCCAAAAUUCCAACUCCCCAAAGGAGGCCACCAGUCAGCAAAUUGGACAAGUCCUCCAAGAGAUAAUGUGAUCAGCUCCGUAAAGGUCUUUGCCUUGUGCAUUAAAUAUUUAAGUUUGUAAGAUGUAAAAUAUUAUGUAGAAAUUAUUGUGAAAUAUUGCAAGAGGUGGAUUUUUAAUUCUGCAGAUGGCCUUAUUUGUGUAUUUGUCCUUUUAUUUUGUGUGUAUAAUUUUUGUCAGAUUUUGUUUGUUUGUUUAUCCCAUAUCCUAUGUGAAGGGGGAAAGAGUUUUAAUGUAAACUAACAACUGCACACAGUAAUGUGUAGAAAGUACACUAAAACAAUUCCCAAAUGUGCAGUGUACUGAAUGUACAGUCAAGUCUCUGCAACCUCAGUCAAAUAGGCCUAUCACUCCAUCAUUAGUUAACAGGAAAGGAUACCUCAUGAUUUUUCUUUAAAAAAAUAAAAUAAAAAGCCAAAAGACACAAUUACACAUUUUGAAUUAACUAAACGAACACUAAAUGAUGUAUGUCAGACUUACUAAGGAAUAAAAAACACAUUCACACUACAAUUAUUUAUGCAGCAUCUCUUGGAGAACUCACAGAAAGUUACUUAAGCACUUGCCAGUCAUACAAUACUCCAAUAUCUUGCAGCAUUUCUGUGCCAUUGCUUUAAAUGAGGCCAGACACACUCUGGAUAUUAGAACUACUAUACUGUAAGAAUUCAAUAUAAAGUGCAUUCAUGUAAAUGUGAGGUUUUCUUUUGCUUGAGUGGACGGUAGCACUGUAUCAUUGAACUCAUUUUGUAUCAAAGCAAUUUUGCUUGCAGAAAGCUAUGAAAUAAAACAUGUCCCUUAA